GAAUUUUUACAGUUUCCAAAAAUUGCAGGUAUCAGAGGUGCAGGGUACCGCAAAUCGUGCCAAUAUUGAAUCGAACUAUCAGCGUGAAGAGGUGAAACGAAUGCGCGACAAUAUUGGUGACCUUCGUGGUAAACUCGGUGACCUUGAGGCUAAAAAUGCGCUUCUUGAGAAAGAAGUGCAGAAUUUGAAUUAUCAGCUCAACGACGAUCAGAGACAAUACGAAGCAGCUUUAAACGACCGCGAUGCAACAUUGCGUCGUAUGCGUGAGGAAUGCCAGACACUGGUGGCCGAACUACAAGCAUUGCUUGACACGAAACAAAUGUUGGAUGCCGAGAUUGCGAUCUACAGAAAGAUGUUGGAAGGCGAAGAAAGCCGGUGA